CGGGUGGGGGAAGAAGCGGAAAGGACCCGGACCACCCCCCAAGUGGCAGGGCAGCCCUCCCUCCCAAAGCCGGGGAGACCGAAGCGAUUGAGGAGGGGGCGCCUCCGGAGAAAGGCGUGGGGGGCAGGAGUCACGCAAGCCGGACCCCCCCAAGUGGCAGAGUCCGCUCAAGCCGAGGAGUGGGCCAAGAAGCGGAAAGAACCCGGAACCCCCAAGUGAUAGCCCACCCCCUUCAAGGCUGACUAGCCCGAUCCUUAACAAGGAGGGAGCAAUUGAGGAGAGUCUGGGCUUCCCUAAGGAACAUCCAGACCUUCCUUCCCUAUGCCGUGUGGGGCAGGGGGUUUAGGGGCACCUGUAAUUGGGGGGUUUGGACAAGUGCUGAAUCCGGAUAGUUCUCAACCUAGUCACACUCUGCUAAUGGGGGGUGAGGGUCUUCUUUGUUAGGAGGCCCUGAGCAUCAGUUGAUUAAUCCGACCCAUCAAUUUCUGGAUAAAAAUACACCCAGCUGGAUGAAGAGACCACUUCUGAUCUGCUUUUACUUCUGCUGCUUCGUGAGGAACCUGUGUGCAGGGCAGGCGGCCGUCAAAGAACCCGAAAAACCUCCGGUUCUCGUCCGCCCGGUGAAGAAAGUGUAUCCCCAAAAGCCAUCGAUACAAUACUCCGACGAUGAUCCCCCGCGCCGACGCCGGCGCCGCAGCCGAUCGCCACAACGGCGCUGUCUCCAGUGUACCCUGGAGCCGCUCAAGUUGACCAUGAACUUGGAAAACAGGCACUUCCGAUGCAGGGAACAUUGUCAUCACCGACACUCGUACCCCGAUUAUCCACCGUGCAGCUCGCCCCGUUAUUACAACUGCGAAUGCGACACCCGACCCCGGCCCCGCACCUCCUCGGCUCCCUCAGCCUACCCCAGCCCCCAUUUCCGAGACGUCGCCGUGGGGACUUCCGACCUGGCUGUUAAUGUCCCUACCGAGGAACGCAGGAACACCGGCGUGUCCACAGAACCGUACGUACGGGCCCCAGCGGCGGAACCUCAGCGUCGUUCCAUAGCCAGCGGCCAGGAGGCGGAAUAUCUACCCACUGGACAGCACUCCCGGCGUCCUGCCAGAGUGUACAUCUACCCCGUCCACCCUCAGACCCCACCGGGGAGUCGGUCACCGACUCCUGAAAGGGGCCGCCGGCGACGGACCCUCAGCCAGGACGAACAGGCGGAGUUCGAGGCACGCGAGCAGCGCCGAGGACGGGAAUCCGAGACACCAGCCCCCGCGACGCAACAGCUGCAGGUCUCCGCCGGGAGUCCUCCCCGGUUCCAUAACAUAGUCAACACCAUCAUGCAAGCAGGGGCCACACCAACUGAAGGCGCGGCAGCUAACACAAAGAGGCCAUCCAGGGCCGAGACCCCGCCGGGCUCCAAUUGGGUGUACCGCACUAAAUAAACCCUCAAGUGCAAAGCAGGGUGGAGGAGGAGAAGAGGAGGUGGAGGAGGAGGAGGAGAAAGGAAGGACAGACCUGCAGCUGUCCACAGUGGGCCUAUGUUGGUUUGGGGAAGAAACAUUAAAGGCAAAUCCAUCCAUCCCAUAAAAUCCCGUGGCUUGCUGCUCAGGUGUCCUGGGGUCCAGGUGUCUUUGCAAACACUUUCUUUUUAAAAUGUCUCAACUAACAAUCUUGGGGGUGGGGAGGGCAAUUUGUGGACACCCCCUGCAAGAAACUCAAUUUCCCAUCCACAGAAGUUGUUCACCUACCUACCUCAUCCAGGGCCACAAAGGUCCUGCCCACCUGUCUGGAUUUUUGGGGGUGGGGGAGAUAGGGCUGGAGGGGCGCUGAUUGCAACUCAUCAGGAAAUUAAACGCUAUUAUGCCAAGGAGGAACCACGGCCUCCCCCCUUUGACAGCUGUCAAUCAGCAUCUUCCCAAGAACAGAAUGUUUUUGCUGUCAUCAGCCGUGAUGCUAUGUGAUUUUUUUCUGCCUUUUUUCAACCUGAGCAUAAUUUUCGCCCACCUCUAAGGGCAUAAUUUACAUUUUGAUGCGCUGUUUGGAUAAUCCAAGAAAGUUACAGAAUAACAAGAGGUCGGAGGGACCUUGGAGGUCUUCUAGUCCAA